AACGGCCCGCCGACCCGCGUGUCUGCAUGCGCGUCCAACCAUCCCAGCGGCCCGUCACGCCUUCUCGCCUACACACAGUUGCGCCAGCCUCACCGAGAUACACACUCGUCCGCUCGUUUUUCGCGUAUGCAUAGCCGCGGAUGACAGCUGCCCAGGACCUGAUCUACUGCGGCAGCAACCAUGAUGAACCCGGCGCACAUACCGCCAGGCCUCGAGUACCUUGGCAUGGUCGACCAGAUCAUCAUCAAGCAGAAAGUGCAGCUGCUGGAAGUGUUCACGGGAUUUGAGGCAGCGAACAAGUACGCCAUCAAAAACAGCAUGGGCCAAGACAUUUUCUACGCCGUUGAAGACACCGACUGCUGCACCCGCAACUGCUGCGGCCCUAUCCGGCCGUUCGGCAUUAAGGUGAUGGACAACUUCAAGCGCGAGGUCAUGUACAUCGAACGGCCGCUACGAUGUGACAGCUGCUGGUUCCCCUGCUGUUUACAGACCAUGGAGGUGAUGGCGCCGCCGGGAACGCCCAUCGGUUACGUGGUGCAGGAGUGGAGCAUCAUCUACCCGCGGUUCCGCAUCGAGAACUCUAUGCACGAGACGGUGCUGCGCAUCGAGGGACCUGCCUGUCGCUGGAACUGUUGCUGCGGAGACGUCGUGUUCCGCGUCCUUUCAAAGGAUGGUCAGAUACAAGUCGGAAAGAUUUCUAAGCAGUGGUCCGGUCUAUUAAAGGAGGCCUUCACGGACGCAGAAAACUUCGGCAUCUCGUUCCCAAUGGACAUGGACACGAGCAUCAAGGGAGUGCUCAUUGGCGCAGCCUUCCUAAUCGACUUCAUGUUCUUCGAGAAGCAGGCCAAUCAAGAACAAGAUUGCUGUGGAAUGUUUUAAAAGGAGCCGCACGAAACGUGUUGAAGUGAAAGGAUGAUCGCGCGGCGGGCUUUUUCUUUCGUUUUCAUGUAGCAAUUGCGCAAAGUGUGAUUGCCAUGCGACAGCUCAGUGCCACAUCGCCACGGAGUAUUUCUCGCGCAGAUAUAGUUUCAGCAUUUCGCGCAGCCUCUAUAUAGUGAAUAGCUGCGUUUACGCGAAUGCGACAGUAGCGUAAAGCGUUUGUUACCGCAUCACGGUAAGGCUACGCGACCGUGUUCACAUCUGGAGCAUCCACCUUCCUGCGAAACAAGCUGGAACCUGUUUCCAGCGAAUGCAUUUCGCUGGCGAGCGGGGGAGGUCAAACGGAAGCAGCCGUCUGACUUUUCCCCCUCUCCCUCGAUGCGACGCGCUUGCGUUUACAUGCACCACGUGAGACGACCCGUCUCGACCUACCCUUUCCUGGCGCGCUAAUGCGACUCGCCGUUCCAGAGCAUUACCGAUGUUUACAAAUGGAUGCGACGCACUAGAAACGAGAUGCGAUUCGCGCCGCUACUGUCUCAUUCGUGUAAACGCGACCCGUUAAAGGGUAUACGCGAUUAGCGGUUGUGUCAAUUCCUGCGGCGAAGAGGAGUUUUCCAUUGCUUUGGACGCCAGUGAGCUAGUGUUGCUCCUCCAUCGUCUUCUUUUUGGCAUUUUUUCACGCGAAGCUGUUAAGGGGAGCUCUGCAACGAUUUUUGUGCUGCUGUGAAUGCCGGCGCUUCGACGGCGUGGUCGAUAUCAAAAGUAAAUGCAAUGUAACCUGUGCCGGAGCCCCGAAUUCGCUUUGAAAUGUAAUGAUAAAUUAUUACAAAAUAAAAAAGUUACAUGGCACA